AUGUCGGCCUUUCUCGCACCGACAAGAGACUUUGGCCUCGAUGCGAGCAGCAGCGCGCCGUCGAGCCUUAGCUCGAACGACGGUGUGGUGCAUUUGACCAAGAAACGCACGCGACCCAAGCUAGAGAUCGAGCGCCUCCACGCCAAGCAUACGGAGCUCCAGCGCCAGCUCCAGCUUCUCCAGCUAUUGCGCCCACCGCAGAGAGCGCUUACGCCGUGGCGCGCCCGGGCCAUGCGCCUCGCCGAGGCUGCCCAGCGCGCGCGGCAAGAAAACACCCGCCUGCGAAGCCUCGUCGACGACCAGCGCCGGCUCCUUGAAGCGCUGAAGCGUACGGUGACGAAGCGACCCCGCCUGGCGUCCAUUGAAAGCGACGGCCAGCUUCACGUCGCCGCCAAAUGGGGCCUUCUUUUGCAGGAGCAGUAUGGCAAGAUGGAGUCCGAGUGGAUCCGGCGCCGACUCUACGACGCGGUUGAGCCAUUACGACACACGACGCUCGAGCGCAGCACCAAGGACGGGGCGAUGACAAGAUUUGGGUUCCUUGCCAAGAUGCAUGCGCCGCUCGACUACAAAUCGAUGGCCGACUUGGUCUGGACGCAUAAGCCGUUGUUUCUUGGUCCGUCGUGUUCGGUAUACCACACGAUCCACACCGACAUGGUGUGUACGCGAGAACUCACGCACUUUUCGGAUCUCGACAUACCCGUGCUCGAGACCCACGACUGUUUUGGCCGCUUUCUCAAGCCAGAUCGGGUUGUGAUCGUGUGGCGAAGCCUACGCGAAGAUGAAGCAAUGGUUGCCCCUAACCCCAGCCAUCUUGUGGGCCACCGCUGCGGCUGGUUACUCAUCGAGAAAACGACGGCGUUCGAGUGUCGUGUCCAGUGCAGCAUGUCAACAACGGUACCGACACUUCCAGCCAGCGCCAGUGCAACCGAGGUAGCGGCGUGGACCGACCGCCUAUUGAAGCUAUCGCAAACAAGCAAGGACGCGUUUGGCGCUAUGAUUCAUACUUCCGUCCUCGAGCGUCGGGAGCAACUCGGUCUCUCCAACCACGCAGUCGACAUGCUCGAUGUCACGGAUCAGGUCGAGCUCUUGUCUAUCUGUGCUUUUGCCUAG